AUGUUUGAGGGCGAGCGGGUGUACUACUCUAACAACCGAUCCGACCCCCAUGGCUUCGAGGCCGAAGAUGGAGGCCCGGAUUCUCUUCCGUCUCUAAAGCAGGCUCGGCUGUUCUUUGAGCAGUACCUGCACCAUGGCAGUGGUGCCUUGCGUCGGAAGUUGUUAGCAGAGGCAGAGAAGAACACGAAAUGCUUAUUAGAAUUGGACCUCUUUGACUUGAUCGAAUACCAGCACAGAGUCCAGCCAGCGGACUUGGAGUGCGUCAACACGCCUUUAUGCGGCCGGGACAGACAUCGAGCGCCCCCUGAUUUCGCGCACAGACUGGCGCGCUGUCUGCGGGAGAGACCACUUGUGUACUUGCCCGUUUGUGAGAAGGCGUGUGAAGACAUAGCCGCAAAAAGUGCAAUAGUUCAAGGGGCAUCAGAUGGCCCAGCAAGCAAACGAGAACGCACCUUUGACGUUCAAAUCAACCUCAUCGACUCUAGCAAAAAGCCUACCGCGAUCCGCAGCCUCCUUUCGCACCAGCAAGAGCACUUCGUCGUUACAACGGGCAUUGUCAUUAGUUGUAAAGCACCAAUGAGCCGCAUGCAAAAAAUAACGAUUCAGUGCCGUUUCUGCAAUCACAAGUUGGUCAUUCAUGCUGCUGAGUGGCGAGAACAGCCGCAGAUGCCUCGGUUUUGCCGAUUUUCGGAACUGAUGGGUCCUGGCCAAGGCGAGUCGGACUUAGGCUGCAAGAACAAGCCGGAACCAUACUUCAUUGUCAGCAGCGAGUGCACGUUCGUUGACGUUCAGCUUUUGAAGAUGCAGGAGUUGCCGGAAGACGUGCCCACGGGGGACAUGCCGCGGCACUUGCUACUGAACGCAUCUCGCUUUCUUGUCGACGAGGCAACUGCAGGUGACAGACUUCUGAUCAGCGGAGUCCUCACUACGGAUGCGGGCUCCAACGCCCCCUCUUUCGCUGCCGAGAGAUACGACCAAACUGGACCCCAACAGGCAUACAUUCACGUGCUGGGGAUAAGAAAGAUCAACUUUUCGCCGUUGCUGUCCACUCUAACUUCACUGGAACAGCGCUCACUUUUCCAGCGACUUAGUCAGGAGCCGAACAUCAUUGACAAAAUAUCCAGGUCUAUUGCCCCGGCUCUCUUUGGAAUGACGGAAGUUAAGCGCGCCUGCGCCUGUCUUCUCUUUGGCGGCACUGCCAAAAUCAUCAACGACACUACGCGCAUCAGAGGCGACAUAAAUGUCCUUCUGUUGGGAGACCCCUCUGUCGCGAAGAGCCAAGUGCUGAAGUUCGUGGCAAAGCUCGCCCCGAUAUCCGUGUACACCUCAGGAAAGGGUAGCAGCGCAGCGGGUUUGACUGCAGCAGUGAUGAGGGAUCGCCAAGGCGUCUUCAGUCUGGAGGGAGGCUGCAUGUGUCUUGCCGACGGUGGCGUUGUGUGCGUCGAUGAAUUUGAUAAGAUGCAAGAACGGGACGUGGUUGCGAUGCACGAGGCCAUGGAACAGCAGACAAUAUCCAUUUCUAAGGCAGGGAUCAACACAGUUUUGAACUCCAGGUGCGCCGUUCUUGCCGCUGCCAAUCCGUCUUUCGGCAGUUUCGAUGACGCACAAGACACGACGGAGCAACAUGAGUUCAAGGCGACAAUUCUUUCUAGGUUUGACCUGAUCUUCAUGCUGCGAGACAAAGACGACUACGAGAAGGAUGCGCGUCUAUGCGAACACAUUCUGUCUCUCCACGCGAGACGAGCAGCACAUCCACCUCAAGAGGAGGGAGAGACGAUCCCGUUUGAGGUCCUGCGGAGGUACAUACAGUACGCGCGGCAGCAACAGCAACCCCUCCUCUCUCUGGACGCAAGGGACGCCUUGAAGAAUUUCUACGUACAAACCAGGCAAGAUGUCCGAGAAGACAAGAGAUCUGUUACGCGAAAAAUUCCCAUAACUCUCCGUCAGUUGGAGUCUCUAGUGCGCAUUGCAGAGAGUUUUGCACGGAUGGAGCUGGCGCCUGUGGCCCAGGCGUCGCACGUCAAGCGCGCCAUCGACCUGUUCUCCGCAUCAACUGCUGAAACUGCCAAGCAUGCCCUCGUGUUCGAGUCUCUCACCCCUCUGCAGCAGAAAGCCAUUAAGCUUGCAGAGGACGCACUCAUGAGUCGCCUACAGCCAGGGCAGCGCGCCCUUCGCCGCAACAUCGUCCGCGAUCUCCAACAGCAGGGCUACGACAAACUGGUUGUGCAGCGGGCCAUCUCUAUUCUUGUGCGGCGAGGAGACCUUCAAGAAAGAGGUGAUCGCUCCAUCAGGAGGCCAUGA